GCGGUAUAUAAUCUGUGAGUACAGCUCUGAGCGGCAGCUCGAGGUUUGUGUAGCACACGUGCGGAAGAAACCGGAUAAAACGCGUGGAGCAGAGCUGCGAAAUGACUGACUGAGAAGCAGCAGGGGAACAUAACAUAUAAACAUAUUCUCCCCUUUUGUGUAAGACUCCGAUAGCUGGAGGAGGACACAGAGAGCCGCAUCACCAGGAAAUAUCUUCGAAAUGGAUCUUCAUGAUAAAGAAAUUAUUCCCGGAGAGAUUUUUCCUGUGGUGAUCAUCGGUAAUGGCCCAUCGGGGAUCUGUCUGUCAUACCUGUUGUCAGGUUACACCCCCUACCUGUCACCUGAGGCAUCGCACCCCAACCCCCUGCUGCACAGCAAGCUGGGAGAGCAGCCUCACCUGUCACUGCUAGAGCAGGAUCUGGAGUUCCUGUGUGAGGGGUUGGAGGGGCGAUCGUCCAAUCCGGUGGCCGUGCUCUUUGAUUCGCUGCUGCUCCCAGACAGUGACUUUGGAUUGGACCACACAUCUCCGUUGGAAUGGCGCUACGAGCCGGAGCGUGCCAUCCCUCACCUGGUGCUGGGCAAGGGUCCGCCUGGAGGAGCCUGGCAUGCUAUGGAGGGCUCCAUGCUAACUCUGAGCCUGGCUAACUGGAUGGAGCUUCCUGGACUCAAACUGAAGGACUGGAUGAGAGAAAAACGCAGAAAUGUACGAAACGACCGGGCCACACCAGCAGAGAUAGCCUCCUACUACCAACACUACGUUUCCCAGAUGUCCCUGGAGCAAAGCUUUGCCUGUGGAACAACCGUCACUUCUGUAACCAGACAGCCAGGCAACCAGGAGGGGUCGCCGCCCUGCUGGAGAGUGACAGGACUGCAGCGCAGAGAGGGGGAAGAGCUGGGAGAUGGUUCUUCAGUUUCGGAGGAGGUGCCUUUCUCGCUGUUGGCACACAAUGUGGUGUUGGCGACGGGGACCCACGACAUCCCGGCCAGGCUCGGCGUGGAGGGUGAGUCCCUGCCCUUCGUCUGCCACUCUUUCUGGGAGCUGGAAGCAGCCAUCUCUCGCGGCGAGCUCGACCAAUCUUCAGACCCGGUGCUGGUGGUGGGGGCAGGGCUUACAGCGGCUGACGCAGUACUGGCCGCCCACCAUCUCAACACGCCCGUCUACCACGCCUUCAGACGCUCAGUCACUGACCCUGACCUAAUCUUCAACCAGCUGCCCAAACUGCUCUACCCAGAGUACCACAAGGUUCACCAGAUGAUGACUCAGCAGCAGUACCAGCCGAGCCCUCAAACACAGGACCACGUCCAGAACCACCAUGACCACUCCACCCCUCCCUCUCGUGCCUCCCUCUCUCCAUCCUCCUCCAGCACUUCUUCGCCACCCUCCUCUUACCCGGGGUACCUGAGCUUCCCAUGCUAUAGGGUCGUGGCAUUCAGACCCGACCAGAAGUGCGUUCUGGAGUCAGACUCUGGCCAGCGUAUGGUAGUCCAAGUCUCCAAGGCACUCGUUCUGAUCGGCGCCCACCCCAACCUUACUUUUCUGAAUGACAAUGGGCGUCCACUUGGCAUCAACCCUGAGGAGCCAAUCACGUGCCGGAGGAACCCAAUUGAGGUUGACCCAUUCACAAACAGCGUGGUUGCGGCAGACGGGCCGGGCAUGUACGCCAUGGGGCCGCUAGUUGGUGAGAACUUUGUCAGGUUCCUGAAAGGAGGAGCGCUGGCUAUCGCUAGCGACAUCGCCAAGAGACAGAGGCGGGGAGGGGGGGAUUUGACCACAGACAGAUGGUUGGACAGACGAGUGACCACACAGACAGGAGCAGAGGUUUGUGGUCUGGAUUCGUAGUGGGUUUCCUGGGACAGGAAGGUUGAGUCAACUGAAGCAAACCGACCUUCUCUGAUCUGAUCCAAGCCAAAAGCUCAAGACAAAACAGGAACUGCUGCUGAUUAAAACCACGGGGCAUGUUCACAGAGAAGAAAUCAAACACGCUGCUAAGUUGUUUCAGGGUGUGAAACAAGUGGCCUUCACACCUGGACUUGCACUGGUUCAGAUUGGUCUGAUAUCUUAUCAGGUCUACUGUAGAUCUAAAAGUCUCCAGAACUAAGGCACCCUGAAGGCUGAAGCAGCUUGAGAAAGACGGUUGUGCGGGCAAAAACCUACAGAAAUACAGACCAGUCAUGUGUAAGUUUGAUAGAUGGAAGGAGGAGAGACAGAUGGUGCGUUUGGGUCACCAAUAAUAAACAUUACCUUUUAAAAAAACAAAGUUACAAAAUACUUUUACAUGGUUGAACAAGGAUUAAAACAUUUCAGGAGUGCAAUGAGGCAAAUAAUAUCAGAGAUUUAAAUAAUACAAACAUUUAAUAGAACAAAGUACCAAACAAUAAUAUAAGAUAAAAGAAUAAAAUUGAAUAAUAAAAAUAAAAGUUGACAUGUUUACCAUCUGAUUUGAUUAUUAAAGAAUUGUGAUGAUGAUUAGUGAGUAAGACUUUUUACAGUAAAGAAUUGAUUGCCCUCCGGUGGUCAAAUAAUGGCAGCACUUCAUCAAAAUGACCUCAAACGGAUCAGCCACAUAUUUGGAUUCUCUGUAAAGCAGCUCUUAAACAGUCAAACAGCUGAGUUUAUGCCUGACUCCUCUUAUUUACAUCCUGCGGUAGAUUUUUCAUUGGUUCAAAUCAUGUAGUAGCAGUCAUAACCUGUAAAUACAACUCGGUCACAUGACAGUUUUCUAACUUUGUGAGCUGAUGAGGACCGACACAAACAGAGGCGGUGAAGGAGAUCGAAAAGGGUGGAAAAAGAAGGAAUCGAGAGGCGGCGAGGGAGUAAGAUGAAAAUAUGACGCAGCUCUGGUUCGGUUGUUUAUCACUAAGAGAGCCUUGAUCACUACAGUAACUUCAUGGUUAAAGUCUAUCAUACAUGACCUAAAUGAUGCGCGUUGCCCCAGCCUUGCUCUUCUUAACACGUUUCCAUUGUAAUAUGUGGGCAGUCGUCUGUUUGCAACACUACACUGUCACACUUGCUGUUUCCAAAAGCUGGUAAAAAGUUAAUUCCUUCUUUUUGUUUUAUAUAAUUUUCUACGUAUAUGUCUGUAUAUUAUGGGUUUGCUUGUUUUGUGAAUCUAUGGUGCUUUAUUUUCCUAUGUUAAUAUACUUUUUAGUCAUCUAACAGCCAACUCUACCUACCUGAUGUCUUUGUAAAUCUUUGAUUAUGAAAAGAUUUCAUACUUGACAAGAGAAACAUGUAUAAAUAUAUUUUGUAUAAUUCUUCUCACUGAAAAUGUUUAAUUUGCAACUGUAACGUAAAGGAAGCCCGGCUUCACUGUGAACUUUAAUAUGAAUGACAGAUGACCAGCACUGGUAUUUAAGCCCUAUUUGCAUUGGUUUAGUAUUACUAUUAUGUUAUUUCCACAUUAAUAUGGAAACAAGAAAAAUUCUCUUCACAUGAGUAAUAUUGUGAUAUAUAAUGACCAUUGUUAUUAUCAUGGACAACUAAGCAAAUAACAUUUGAGAAGCUGUAAUUGGACAAUUUAUGGCAUGUUUGCAUAAAAAUAUUACUUGAACAACCAAUUGAUCAUCAAAAUUGGUGACUUAACUUUUUGUCAAGCAAAGAGUGAAUUAAUUGGCAGAACGUUUCAGUUCAUCCACAGGCAGAGUUGCAGUUUUUUUUUUUUUUUUUUUAUCAGUUUGAGUUCAAAAUAAAAUUGCCUUUUUAAAACACACUACAUACUUAUUAUUUCAUGUCUGUUUUUAUUUAAGGGUUAAUACACAUCAGUCUGAGAUAGAUUUGACACCUAAUGCCUGAAUGCUGAUGGUGAAGUCUACAGGAGCCAGCAGUGUCUUAAGACAAUUCACAGCAAUAGAUUUAGUUUCACAGCAGAAUAAAAAUGGCUCCAUCUUUUUAUGCAGUGGAAAUCUUGUCCAAUCUUUAACGCAACUUGCUUGCAGAUGUUUGUUUGAAUGGGGUGAUUCAUAUCAUCAUAAUAACUUUCCAUCUGUACUGACAGUCAAAUCUUUUCCAUAUUCAUUUGUCAAUGGGUUUCUAUUAAAAGGACUUUUUUCAGAAGAUA